GCUCCCCCUGCUCAUGCAAUUGAUGGUUUUUUUGCUGCUUUGCAGGAAGAUGAUCUAAUGGAUGAGGCGAAAUCGCUGAAAGCGGUUAGUGAUGAAUUAAAAGCAAAUGGUUGUCCUCUUUUUGGAGGUAAAUACUGUGAACGGCUACCGCAACAUAUCAGGGAUAAAGCUGCUGAAUUGGAUAAACGUUUGGAUUCGUUGCUGUCCGGAUUUCCGAAUUUCAAAAGUAGCAUUCGCAUGAAAGAAUACGAUUUUUCGUUAAAAUGCAAUGCUGUGUGGUCGUCUGAUGCAGUUGCAUAUCGUUGCAUCACAUGCGCCUACAAUCCAUAUUGCUUUCGGCUAGCUGGUCAUGAGGGGCACGAUUCGAAUCGAUUUUUUUCGCAAGCGGGUGGCGCCUGUGAUUGUGGAAAUGCGGAUGUUUUGAGAGAAUCCGGGUUUUGCUAUCGACAUGGACCGAAUGCACGUCGACCUCCGGCACCCUCGGCCGAUAUUGUAUCACUCAAUGAAUUCAUCAUUCCGAAACUCUUUGUUCGACUCUUUCUCUUUUUCCGUGGUUGGAAAAGGAAUUACAAUCUAAAAAAUGAGCAUUUGAGCGAGGAAACCUUCAGUAAUCAGCUUGUUCAUCGUGCACACAUUCUGAUCGAACUCAUCCAGGAAUUGGUUGAUUACGGAGGCCCAAUUCGUGAUCUUAUCAUCAGAAUACUACUGGAUCGUGGAUUAUAUCAUGAUUUGACGAAGCGUACGUCUGAAGAUGACAUACGAGUUCGUUUCGAUAGUAGGAACACUGAUAUUGACUAA